UCAGACUCAGAUUUGACAUGUUUUGUUUUGCCGAGUGAGAGACAAAUGUACACGUGCACUGUCCUGUCAACCAAUUAGUAUGCAAACAGGCGUAUUCCAGGAUGUGGAGCCUUUCCAUUACAGUGAUGAGGACUUGACUACUGGGACUAAACACUGGGAUGACAAGGAGUAUGAUCUCAGUGAGUUUGACAAAUUGCUGAGAGGAAAGUGGGAUAAGUGUAUGAAGGAUGGAUUCUUCAGGUAUCACCUUGAUAAGGUGGAAACCAAAAUCAUUCCAGGGGAGAAAAAAUAUGUAGCACAGCUUAAUGUAAAAAGAGCCACUGAAAGAAGGAAGCCUCAGGAAAUCAUAACUGUGAAUCAACCAUUUGACGAAAACCUCUUCAACUUCUCUCGCAUCAAGUCUAAUGAAGUGUUGUUCCUCUUGGACAAAAAGACCAAAAGUCCUCCAGACACACCCAAGGUGGAAGAGGCAAUGUGUAACGGUACAAAGGAUGAAGAGCCACAGAACCUGGUUAUCAUUAAUGUCAGUCCCUUGGAGUAUGGCCAUGUCCUGUUAGUACCAGAUGUGUACUCAUUCAGACCCCAGAUGUUGACAGAGUAUUCUAUACAACUGGCUAUAGAGACACUUCUCCUUAGUAGACAUCAGGGCUUCCGUAUUGGGUUCAACAGUCUCUGUGCCUUUGCAUCCGUCAAUCAUCAACACCUCCACGCCUACUAUCUAGAACAAGAACUGUUUGUGGAAUCCUGUCCUGUGAAACACCUGAAGGGAAUCCUGUACGAGUUAGAGGUCAUGCCCACCAAGGGAUUUGUGUUCCAGUUACAUGGAUCAACAGUAGAGGAUGUCUCCAGGGUGGUAUACCUGGUGGCAGAUUACAUGCAGAGAUCUGAGAUAGCCCACAACCUGUUUAUGACACGUGGUACAGUGUUUGGGGAAGACAGGACCAGUCGGAACAGGACUAUCAGGCUGUUUUUGUGGCCAAGGAAAAAGUUUAUAGGUGUGAAGGAAGAGGCAUGUUUUAAUGUGGCAGUGGUGGAGCUGGCAGGACACCUACCUAUCAAAAUUGCUGAGAUGUAUGAGGGGCUUACAGAGGAGACCGUCAAUGAUACCAUUAGGUCAGCUCAGCUAGACGAGGCAGAGUACCAGACAGUGAAGGACAAUGUUCUACAGUUGUACAAGCCCACCUGUAGCUCCAGUUAAUGACGGCUGAUAACUAGAAUUUUACAUACACAGUGUACUACACUCUAUUUACACUGGACACCUUGAGAACACAUACUUUGCCUUUGUUGCAGAGGAUUUGGAUUUACUUAAUAGACAUUGAUGGGACCAAAUGUUUUGGCAAUUGUAGACAAAAGUCCUGAUCAUACAGUCCAGUAUAGACAAGAGUUUACUGCAUUGUUAUUUUAUGUCACUGAAUUAUCUAUGUAAGGUCCAAAGCCUGUGGGAAAUUUAGAUGGGGACGAUUGUACGGUGUGAAUUUAUGGAGAAUGCUAGUAGGAAAUAUUGUAAAACAUAUCUGUUGUAAAUACUUAUUCAAUUUGUGCAAUCAUAGCUGACACAUAUAUAUUUAAGUAAAAUUCCUUUCCAUUCAAACUGAAUCUGUUCCAUUUGCCUACCAUGACCAUCUCAAGUCUGUAAUGAGAAUUUAUGCACUUGAGAAAAUUUUAAUUGGAAAUACUAUUAACAAAGAAAUACUGGUACACCUCUCAAGAAAAACAAGAAAAGUGUAAGAAUUAAACUCGUGACCUUUCCAUUGCAAAGCCUACACUUUACCGAUGUUGCAAUACAGGAACUACCAGCAAUGAAAUUAGUGUCCAAUCUAUGGGCUGCAAAGCAUAUGCAAAAUCUGACAGGGGAAGUGACUCUAACCUAAAAAAAAUCAUUUUGGUUGCUUUAUCUCCUAUAUAGAGGGGAGACUACUACAAGUAAAACUCUGAGUGGAACUCUUCUUGGUGAUUAUAACUGAUGCAGUGUUACACCUUAAGUUAAAGGUAAUAGACAUCGCAUCAAAAUAAUUAUGUUAAGGAUUUGAUGGUGGUUAAAAAAUGUAUUCAUGAAUUUGGCUUACAUUCCUUGUAUUGUGAUAAAAUAACCUCCACUUUGUUUUCAUUUCAUGUAAGAUUUAUGAAACUCAUCCCAAAUUUUUUUGUUUAGCUUGGCACAGCCUUGCUGAUAUGAUAGUGGUGUUUAAUGUGAAUAUUUUCAAUGUUUAUUUAUAAUAAUAUUUUUUAAUGAUAUAUUUUUAAAUGAAGCCUUAUAAAAGGACAAAAAACAAGGAAAACAGUAUCUUAAUGUUCAUAUAUUUACAGUAAAGAUAAGAGGUCGCAUAUUUUAUGUUCAGAUAAAAGCACUUUUGCAGGGAUAUAAAAUAGACCAAAGAAGAUAGAGUGAAUAGGGUCUUCAAAGAAUAUAGCGAGAUUAGUAUAGGAGGGACGGCUCCCAGUGUAGACCGAGAGGAAUGUAGGGACCAAAUAUCACAGGAAGUGAAGACAGGGACACAGAGCCAGGUUUAGAAAUGUCAUACUUUUGUCUAUUAACAAAUAAAAGUACUAUAGAUGUAAAUGUGUGAAGAAUUUUACCCGUUCUCAAUUGGUAUUUAUUUUACUCAUAUUUUGUAUACGUAUGUACCACAUUCAGCAUAAUAUAAGUAAAGAACAGAUCAUCUGCAGGUCAGGUUGAUGAACCUCCUGUUAGUCAUAUCGUACCAGAAAGACAGCACUAUUUCGUGUAUUUAUGUAAUUAUUCACUAACUAAUUCAGUGUUAGUGAGGACAUAACAUUGUUACUUUUACUAUAGUUUACUGUGGAUAUUAAAAAGACUUAAUGUAGUUGGGUGCAUCUUCGCAAGCCAAGGGUUCGCUUCGUAUACACUCCUCACUGGGCGCCGCCAUUACUAUUUACCCUUUUCAACAGCGCUAUAUGUAAGACGUUAUUUCAUUGGAUGCGAGCGAUUGCCAUCGCGCGAUAAUUUGAAGGCUCGUAAACACGGCUAUAUCUGCCAAGGGUAAGUGGAGUGUAUACGAAGCGAACCCUUGGCUAGCGAAGAUGAGUUGGGUGAUGCUAAUGUUCGGAAGAGAUUAAAUGAUUUUAUAAUUAGGUAAGAAAAGACUUUGUCACAUCACCUUGUGUACUAGCUACCCAAGGCACAGUAGUUAUGUAGCUGGGGCAGCAUGUGGGUCAUUGGAUCGUAGAUAAAUCUUCAUGUAAGAAAUAAAUUUAUUGUUUUGUAUACAUAAAGGGAGAGAGUUCUAACAUAUAUGUUAGUGGCAGACGGCACCUGCUUUUUUUAAAACAAGGAAUCUCUGUAACAGUUGUAUUAUCUGACCUUUUAACUAUCUUUCUGUGAAGCUUAUCAGGAUGUCUAAUGAUUAUAGAAAAAGACCAAAGAGGUAAUCUGGGGUGUUUUGAUAAAACAUUUCAUGGAACCAAGUUAUUUUGUGACGGUGAUGGAUGCUCAGCGUGUGCCGACCAUUUUCUUCAUAUAUUUAUAUAUUUUAUCAAUAUUUCUAAUUUUGUAGCACCAGUAACAACUUGUGAUGAUAUUUUAUUGCAAUUCUUGAAAAAAAUGUUUGGUAUAAAAAGUCUAUUUACACCUGUAUACAUUUAUUUGUACAUGUAUAAUAAUUUGUAUUUCUAUGUGAAAAGCGUUAAAUGAAGACAUUUUGUAAAAGCUGAAGAUUUCAUUGCCUUUCUUUUUCCUUGUUUAUAGAAAAAGCAGUCAAUUAAAACAUUGCUCACUUCAGUUGUAAACAGUAACGGGUUUCUUUUGCAACUACUAUAGUUAUGGAUCGACUCUUUCUAGAGCAUGCAUAUCUUUAAUGUACUCCAU